AUGAGCUGGGUUCCUCGCUUUAUCUCUACUUCUCUUGUCCUAUUGAGUGGGCUUGGUCGCGCUGUCUAUGGAGCCGACUCAAGCACUUACUACUUCAAGCACUUCAGUACUUCUGGUAGUAUCAACCCAUGGUACAAUAACGACAAUUCCUGGGGUGUAUCCGCGCCAGGCGGUUCCGGAUUUGUUGUUAUGGUUACUGGCGAAGACUGGGGCACUUGGUCCCCAGUUCACACUCUGCCUAAGAAAAUCAACGAUCUCAAUCCUAGCCAUAAAACGUGGUUCAGCCAGAAUGCUGCACCCGCAGCGGGCCACGGAUAUGAUGCUUGCUACGACAUCUUCAUUGACCCGAGUUACGCUCCGACUGACCGCAACGGGAAAUAUGAGUUGAUGAUCUGGGUAGCCCAUCAGGCCCCAAAUACUCCUCUGUCCGACCACUAUGAUGCUAACGGCGCGGCGGUUCCUUGGGCACGGAAUGUAAACCUCGGAGGCCAGGCGUGGGAUGUUUACUUAUACCAUUGGCCCACCAAUGGCGCUCUGACUAUGACUUACGUCGACCCGACCAACUCGGGCUGGUUCUCAGGAAGCUUAUCGCCGUUCUUCCAGCAUGGUAUUAGCAGUGGCUGGUACAGUGGGGAUGACUACUUGACUAGUGUUAUGGGAGGUUGGGAAUUCGGCGCGGGGGAUUAUACGGCUGAUUCGUGGGGGGCGGUUGGGUUCUAA